ACAUGUGUGUCGGAAUCGCAUUUUCUCCGUCGUCUGGUCGCUCGCUCGCUCGCUCGCUCAGGAACUUCUUCACCACGGCGACGCAUCAUCGGCACCCACCGUCGUCUUCGGCCUUCCCUCCAUCGGAUCGGACGGCGAGGCCUCCUCCUCUCCCGGCGACCUCGGGAGCCGCCGACCCCUUCUCCUCCCUCUCGCCGUCGUGGUCGGCAGCGCCGCUCGAGCCCGUUGUUCGCAGAUUAGUUUUGUUGGGUUCUGCGGUGUUCGAGUGUAUGAUCUUGGGUGAGGUACCAAAUCGAUGGAUUCUCCUCACGAACCUAUAAUUCCGGGAUUGCCAGAUGAUCUGGCCUUGAGAUGCUUGGCCAGAGUGUCUCACGGGUUCCAUGGGCUGCUAGAAACAGUCUCGAAGAAGUGGAGAGAGGUUACACGAGGCAUGGAAUACGCCAACUUCAAGGCUCGGGAAGGCUGGUCUGGGGAUUGGUUAUUCGUUCUCACUGAGGGCUCCGAGAACCAGUGGGUUGCUUAUGAUCCCGAAGCUGAUAGAUGGCAUCCUAUACCAAAGAUGCCAAGAACGCAUCCUGACUGGAAGCACACUGGCUUUUCAUGUGUUUGUGUCGGUGAUAGAUUUCUUGUCAUUGGUGGGGCUUAUGCUUCAAGUGAUCCAGGAUUCCCUCAUCAGAAGCCUAUCAUAACUAAUGAGGUCUACCAAUUCGACCCUUUCAGAAAAGAAUGGACUAUGGUGUCAAGUAUGCAAACGCCGCGUUCACACUUUGCGUGUUGCGUCAUCUCUGGAAAGGUGUAUGUAGCUGGGGGUCGCAAUCUUUCGUGUCCGAGAGGCCUCACUCUUGCUGAAUGUUACAAUCCAUUGUCUAACAAAUGGGAAGAACUACCACCGAUGCCCAAUCCCCAAAUGGAUUGCAUAGGCUUGUCAUACAAUGGCAAAUUUCAUGUUCUCAAUGAUCAAGUAGGACUUUUGGACCAAAAUUCAUCUGAAGUUUUCUGGCCAUUAUCUGGAUUGUGGAAUACAGUAGAGGAUAAUUGGCCUUUUUCUAGGGCAAUGCAAGUAGCUGUACAGGUCAUUAAAAAUGAUCGUGUAUACACUAUUGUAGAUUGGGGUGAGAGCUUAAUUAAGACAAGGGAUACUGCCAAAGGGGAAUGGUAUAAUGUGGGGAAAGUUCCUUCUGUUUUCCUUCCCGACCACUCAAGACCACUAGAAGUCUUUGAUUAUGGUUUUGCUGGUCUUGGAUAUGAACUGUAUGUAUUGGGUGGGAAGGUUCUCAAGUGGGAAGAAUCGGGAGCUGGGAGAUUUGAUAUUGUAAAACUAGGUUUGGUGAGAGUCUGCGACCCUUCAAAGUUCCCUUUGAAGUGGCGUGAGACGAGACCGAUGUGUCAGACUGCAUCAGGCUCGAUUCUAGGAUGUGCUUCCCUUAAAGAAAGCUCUGUUUCUCAGUUACGAUAGUUUGGAGAGCUUUGAUCAAGGCCUUGCCAAUGCUCUGUUAUGUUACUUGAUACUUCUUUGGUGUUUCUGUAAAUAUAGUGAAAACAAAUUGAAAUUCUUCAGGAAUCA